AUGAUAGAAACUAGAAUAAUCAAAUGCCGCUCUUGUCAUCAACGUACAUGGGUAGCAACAACUGCGGAAACAUACCAAUGCAUAGGCUGUAAAAGCGUGAGAUCACUUCUAGGCGAGGAACAGUCGAGCCGAGUUUUCCCGAGUAGAGGCCGCAGGGCCAAGUCCAAUAACAACAUUUCACGAGCAACUGCUAAUUUGAAAGAAGAAAUUCUGCCCGGUAGCUUGGCCUCCUCCGAGAGGCCAACAAGAAAGCGUGCACUUCUUUGUGGAGUGAGUUACAAGAAGAAAUACAAGCUGAAGGGAACUGUAAAUGAUGUGAAGAACAUGAGAGAUUUGCUGAUCACUGACUUCAGAUUUCCUGAAGAGUGCAUUCGACAACUUACAGGUGCCAAGUCCAAUAUCUUCUUUUAUUUGCUUAGAAUUCCUGAUGACGAACUGAAUUAUGAGGAAACAAACCCUGAACUAAAACCAACGAGGAAGAACAUUGAGAAAGCCUUGCAGUGGCUUGUAGAGGGCUGCCGUUCUGGCGACUCAUUGGUGUUUUACUUUGCUGGACAUGGAGCACAAGAGAAUGACAACGACAGGGAUGAAAUUGAUGGACUUGAUGAAACAAUUUGUCCAACUGAUUUCCAAGUGAAGGGGAUGAUCGUUGAUGAUUAUAUCAAUUCUGUAAUUGUUAGGCCACUGGUGGCAGGCGUCACUCUUCAUGCCAUUGUUGAUGCUUGUCAUAGUGCAACAAUGCUUGAUCUGCCAUAUGUGUGCAAUGCAAAAGAGAAGAGGUGGGUGGAUAAUAAUCCUCCAUCAGCGGACUAUAAGGGCACAAGUGGUGGACUGGCCAUUUGUAUUAGUGCCUGUAGAGACGAUCAAGAAGUUGUUGAUUCUUCGACUUUAUGUGGAAGGGCAACCCUGACCCAUAAUUUGAUCCAAGAGAUGAAGAAAAACCCUAGAUUGACAUAUGGUGCUCUAAUAACUUCUGUACAGAAUAAGAUUGACAAUGCUAUUGAAGCACGAGGCAUCAAAACCUGGUUUCUAAGGAAACUCUUUAGGACUUCUUUUUCACAGGAAGUCCAAAUAUCAUCUUCGGCGAAGUUUGACAUUUACCAGAAACAAUUCAAGUUGUAA